CCAGUUGUUCAUGGGCAGGUCGGUUUGAAAGGUGCCCCAAAGGACACCCUCCACAGGGCGGCAGAGCACCUACUAUCUCGGCAGAACAAGAAAUGCUGACUUCCAUCGCUUUACUAGAAAAUUUCUAUUCCUGCUAACCUGAGCUUUGAGAUUUACUCCUACCAAAGAGAUGAGGAGCCUGGAUCAACUUGAAGACAGCAUAUCAAGUGAACAAACUGCCAGCCGGCCGCCACAAUGAAAGAAAUGAAACCAGGAAUAACUGCUGCUGAAUCUGUGCCUCACCUCUCCCCAAGCGUUUCUUGACAUGCAUCUUGACUUACCAUACAUCACAACUAGAAAAUGGGGCUCAACUUGACGCUUACAAAAUUACCAGGUAAUGAGCUGUACAGCCAAGCAAGUCACACUGCAAACAGCACAAGUGAGGGACAUGGGAAGAACUCUACCCUGCACAACAAAUUUGACACCAUCAUCCUGCCAGUGCUUUACCUAGUUAUCUUUGUGGCAAGCAUCCUGCUGAACGGUCUGGCCGUGUGGAUCUUCUUCCACAUUCGGAAUAAAACCAGCUUCAUAUUUUAUCUCAAAAAUAUAGUGGUAGCUGACCUCAUCAUGACCCUGACAUUCCCAUUCCGAAUAGUCCGUGAUGCAGGAUUCGGACCUUGGUACUUCGAGUUUAUCCUCUGCAGAUACACCUCAGUUUUGUUCUAUGCAAACAUGUAUACAUCUAUCGUGUUUCUUGGGCUGAUCAGUGUUGAUCGGUAUCUAAAGGUGGUAAAGCCCUUUGGUGACUCUCGCAUGUACAGCAUAACCUUCACCAAAGUUUUAUCAGUUUGUGUUUGGGUGAUCAUGGCUAUUCUGUCCUUGCCAAACAUCAUACUGACUAAUGGGCAGCCAACUAAGGAAAAUAUUCAUGACUGCAUGAAACUCAAAAGUCCGCUGGGAGCCAAGUGGCAUAUGGCUGUCACCUAUGUGGACAGCUGUUUGUUUGUGGCCGUGCUGGUGAUCCUGAUUGGAUGCUACAUAGCCAUCUCCAGAUACAUCCACAAAUCCAGCAGGCAAUUCAUAAGCCAAUCGAGCCGGAAGCGAAAGCACAACCAGAGCAUCCGCGUGGUCGUGGCUGUGUUUUUUACCUGCUUCCUCCCGUAUCACUUGUGCAGAAUCCCCUUUACCUUCAGUAACUUAGACAGGCUUCUGGAUGAAUCAGCACAUAAAAUCCUCUACUAUUGCAAAGAAAUGACACUUUUCUUGUCUGCGUGCAACGUGUGCCUGGAUCCGAUAAUUUAUUUUUUCAUGUGUAAGUCAUUUUCAAGAAGGUUAUUCAAGAAAUCAAACAUAAGAACCAGGAGCGAAAGCAUCAGGUCGCUGCAAAGCGUCCGAAGAUCAGAAGUGCGCAUCUAUUAUGACUACACUGAUGUGUAAGGACUAGAGGCCAGGGAGCCUUUUCUAUUGGAAUCAGUAUGUAAAAGAGUGUAAAUAAAUGUUUCUUUUUAUUAUCUUGGCUGAAGCCCAUC